AUGGAUUUGCCAUACAAAGCUGAAUACGCGAAAACUGGCAGAGCUUCAUGCAAAGGGUGUAAAAGCCCAAUAAGCCAAGGAGAACUGCGUAUUGCUGUGCUGGUUCAGAGACCUAAAACGACCGAUGACAUAGACCAUUUCGAAUCUUUGAGAAUAGAAGAUCAAGAUAGAAUAAGAUCUCGGGUAGGUGUUGCUACAACAGCUAUUGUACCAGACAAAAAAGGUAAAAAAAGAGCAGCAGACCCAUCUCUCAAGCUGAAGCAGCAAGCUCUCCAAGAUUUUGAGGUACAAUAUUCCAAGUCUGGUCGAGCUAUGUGUCAAGGCUGUGAAAUUAAGAUACUGAAAGAUGAAGUUAGAAUCUCCAAGAAAGAUUUUGAUACUGAAAUAGGCCGCAAAUAUGGGGGCCAGCCAAUGUGGCACCAUGUAAAUUGCUUUGCACAAGUCAGGAGCAGUCUUGGAUUCUACGAGUGUGGUGAUAAACUACCAGGGUUCAAAACAUUAUCACCAGAUGACCAAAAAAACGUCAAGGCAAAAAUUCCGUGCGACCUGAAAGUGGCAAGAAUUGAAGUUGAGUCAUCAAAAAGGCUUGUAAGUGAAUUGGAAAGAACAGUUGGCUAUCAACAGCGUGUUAUUGAACUGUUAGAUGCAAAAACGAUGAAAUAUCCAAACACAAACAAGGAAUGCGCUGUUGCAAGCUCCCUUUCGAAAUCUCAGAUCCCAGAUGACUCGCAAUCAUCGAGUAAAAAGUUUUCCGAGGAUGAUAUUGAUCCAAAAAAUCAUUGUAUGCCUAAUCUCGAUACCAAAUCGAAAAAAAAUGGAGGUAGGACCUCAGUGAUAGACAAGAAGGAAGUGAAUUCUGCUAUACUCCUAACUGAGACUCAGUCCACCCUCAACCAUUACAUAAAUCUGACUGAUGACAAAUCCAAACAACAUGAUACCAUCAUGGAAAAGCAAGGGGAAUGGCAAACUGUACAUCCCAAAAAGAAUAGAAAGAGAAAAAAUCUUAUUGUUGGAGAGAACACCGAAAAAAUCAAAGGUGUUCCUAAGUUUACUUAUCUGCACGUAUGUAGAGUGGAUCCAGCUACAACAUCCCAAGAUUUAAUAUGUCAGCUUAAAACAGUGUUUCCUGAAGUUACAUGUGAAUCAUUGAAUUCAAAACAUCCCACAAUAUAUUCAUCUUUCAAGCUGUUGGACCAGCUCGCCGACCUGAUGACUUUCGGCGUCCUCGCCCGCUGCAAGACCUGCAAGGGGGGCCAGCUGGUCUUUUCCAAGGGGGGCUACACGUGCACGGGCGAUCUCACGCAAUGGACGAAAUGCACGGAGUUUGUUAGGGUGCCCAAACGGAAGACUUUCAAAGUACCUCCGGAUUUGCAGGAGAGAUAUCCGUUCUUGAAGAAGUACAAAACAAACCGAUCCUGUUGCUUCAAGGGAGGAUCUUGGGAGGAUCAAGUGCCCCCCCAGGAUUAAUUAACGUUGGCAAUGUGGGGCCCUAUACAAUUUUUUACAUGGAGGAGCAGGAUGCCCUACUAGUAUGAGCAAUAUCGUUUACGGAAGACGAAUAUUUUUUUUGUGUGUUAUAAGGUUUGAAUAAAAAUAGUUAGUUAUAUGAUGAUUUCAUUCAUACAAUAUUAUAUACCCACAACAAUACACUCGAAUGGGUUUGUUACUACCCCACUGGUCAUUUUUGACAUCAUUUAAAAGGAACUGUGGCAUGAAAUAGCUUGGAAUUAUCGGUGAGUUCUUUCCAAAAUAUAGUCUCUGUGCUUAUUUCAAAUUUUGACAUACAGGGUGAUUCAGGAAGAAUAUACCAAAUUCUAUAGGAGUGUAUUCGACUCAUGGAAAUUAUUUUAGAAACUAUAAAUGUUCCAAUUUUCAUUUGUUUCCAACAAAGAGAAUGCUAACAAUGAUGUUUUUGAAUAAUUUUUUUUGUAGAAUACUCACCUAGAGUUUGAUCAUCCUGAGAGAUCCUGUUUAUUUCUGAACAAUUUCUAUGCACUGCAAUCUCGUUGCACAUUCAUUCAGACACAUCCUGUAUAUUUCGAAACAUUUUCUAUGCACUGACAA